AUGUGUUACUUUGCCGUUACCACGUUUUCCUGCGGGUGUCUUGCCUGGAGAGGCAGCGAGUACAGAUAUUGCGCGGAGCGAGGCAGAAGCUGCAGGGGGAAGCAGCUCGAGAAGUAUGAAUGGCUGACUUACUGUCCGGACGCUCGCAAGGCUCUGGAUAAUAGGAAGUGCAAGAACCGCGUUGUGUUGCCGAAAUGUUGCGAGAGGCUCAGCCAGGAGCAGCGCGAUGCUCUUUGCACAGAAUGUAACUCCAUCCUGGAAAACGGGAAAUUGGAUUUGUUUCCGUACUGCGCUGAACACCGAGUCCGUGUGUCUGCCGGAAUCGAAGCGGAUGCUGAAAAGGAGUUCGAAAAGGUGGUAGCACUUUGGCCGUCUCAUUUACGUUCAAGAUACCUCCGAAGGAAACAAGACAAAACUGCUAGAGACUGUGGAUGGUCUCUAUAA